AAAACCCUCACAGAGAAGAAGAGGAAGAGGGAUGGUGGGAUACGAGAGCUACGUGGUUGUUCACAACAUAGCGAAGCGACACAACGUGGGAACACUAGCUCGAAGCGCGACGGCGUUCGGCGUAACGGAGCUGAUACUCGUGGGCCGCCGUGACUUCAACGCCUUCGGAAGCCAUGGUUCCGCUUCUCACGUCCGUUUCCGACACUUUCACUCUUUAAUCGAAGCUCGCGACUACCUCAAGGAGGAGAAAGAAUGCGAUAUAUGCGGCGUUGAGAUCGCAGAUGGAGCUGCUCAGGUCAAUGAACAUCCUUUCAAAAGAAACACUGCUUUUCUUCUGGGUAAUGAGGGAUCAGGGUUAUCUGCCAAAGAGUAUGAGAUAUGUGACUUCUUUGUUUACAUUCCUCAGUAUGGCUGUGGCACUGCCUCUCUCAAUGUUACUGUUGCAGCUUCUAUUGUCUUGCAUCAUUUUGGAGUUUGGGCGGGAUUUUCUGAACGUGUCCGAGAUGGAAGCAAAUUCAUAGUGGCUGAUAAACCAGCUAGGCAAGGAAGACGGAAUUUCUGUGCUGGUACAGAAGAAUCCAUCGUUGAAGAGCGGAAGCUGAGGAAAGAAAGCGCAGAAAAUGGCUUCUUUGAUGAAAACGGAAACGAGAGUUCAUCCACCGAGCUUCUCAACGGUUUGUUCCUUAACGAAUAGUUGUCUUUAAAUUAAGGAACAAAGGUCUUGGUUUUGGGGUUUUAAAUUCUGGGGCAACAUCAAAAACAUUCCCUUCCGUAUUUUUUUUUUUUAUCAAGCAGAGUCAGGUCCUUCCUUAGUUACGAAAGCCUCUUCUAAUAUUUGUUUUGCAAGUAGAGAUAGAGCAUGAUGUUUUAAGGUGAUAACAGUAUCUCUCUGCUCUUGUGUUGUAUUAGUAUGGACAUGUUUUGAAGAUGUUUUCAGUUGGUAGUAGUGUCUCUUUGCUC